GGAAGUGGUAUCAGAAAUGGGAUAAUUGUGGAAAAUCUACCGCCCGGAAGAGGCGCACUACAACAUGAACUUCGAGCAUCAGCAGCGCGAACAUCUUCCGACUACGCGGGGACAUCCAACGCUGAAAUUCAGAGUAAAGACGAUGGAAGCCAGAGCGAGUGUUACAGCGCCGGAAGAGGAGGUGAUGUGUCAGACCGACAGGAACGACCCGCAGGAGGACGCGGCCCCACCCACACACGCAGUGAAGUGGUGGCGCACGCGCCCGACGGUGGAGCCGCUAGUGUUGCUGUUCAUGUUCUCCUACGUGGUGACGCACUCGGUGGUCAACGGGCUCUUCCUGGAGCGCGUGUGCGGCUCCAGCGACACUAGCGUGUGCACCAACGAGGACCGCGCCUACUCCAGCACGCUCACCACCUGGAAGACCAUCAUCGAAGCUAUCGUGCCCGCCGCUGUGUCGCUUUUCAUCGGCAGCUGGAGCGACAAGUUCGGACGUCGACCCAUCUUCAUCUGGUCCUUUGCUGGCAACGCCAUUGCGUACGGCGUGUUCUCCGGGCUGUCUGCGAUUCCAGACCUAGCGCCGGAGUGGUUGUUGAUGCCUUCAGUAGCGGCCACCUUCAGCGGCGGCAUGAUGAACCUCAUGGCUGUGGCCAACGUCUACAUCGCCGACGUCAGCCCUGCGGGGCAGAAGGAGCUGAGACUGGGGAUACUGGAUGCGGCGCAGUACUCGGCCAUGAUGCUGGGGUCAGGGCUGUCCACGCCGCUUUUCCUGGGCCUCAGCUACUACGGGGUGUACGCCCUGGCCGCCGUCCUCAUGCUGCUAUGUCUACUCUACUCCAUUUUCCUGCUGCCGGAGACCAUGGCGCCCUAUACGCCGCCUGAAGACGCGAGUUGCGGUUGCUGCAAGGGGAUCUUCCGUCCCCAGCUGGUGCGCGACGCGCUCAAGACGUCCCUGAUGAAGCGGCCUCAUCAUGGAAGGUCAACCAUCCUCAUCGUCAUCAUUGUCGUCGUCACUGGCGUCCUCAUCUCCCAAGGAGAAGGCGUCGCCAACUACCAGUUCCUGAACGCCAAGUUUCACUGGACCGUCGAACAGAGCUUGCUGUACGGUUUCUUCACCAACGGCACCACUGCUGUAGGUACCAUGGUGGGAGUGCUGGUGUUCGUACGCUGGCUCAAGCUCGAUGACGGCUGGAUAGCCCUCAUCACCUUCUCCUGUAAGAUGGCCGCCGCCAUAAUCUACUCGAUAUCUCCGGAGUCGUGGUAUAUGUUUCUAGGUGGGGCUAUCGCUUGCUUCGGAGCCUUGAUCUGGGUUCUGGUCAGAGCGAUGCUGACGAGGCUGGUCGCCAAGGACGAGAUAGGCCAGGUGUUCGCGCUGGCGGUGACCAUAGAGUCGGUGACCCCACUGGUGGGGCCUCCCAUGUACAACGCCGUCUUCAAUGCGUCCAUCGACACCUUCCCUGGAGCCUUCUACCUGCUCUCCGCCGGGAUCAUGGCUAUCGACCUCCUACUGCUGCUAUUCGCAAUCUUCCUAAACCGAGGAGCGAAGAGGGAGCAGCAGAGACAGCAGGACCACACUGACAGCAAGACGGCGGCCCCCGAGUGAGUGUGGCCAGACGGCCCGCCGCGGCUGUGGCCGUGUGACGGCCGCUCCACGAAUCUCAGCACCGCGGCACUGCGUGCUCCUCUCUCCGUGGUCGCGUUCUUCACCCGCAGAGGGCCGCCAGACGGGUCGAGGAGCACACGGUGUGCGUGCGGCAUACCCCUAGCCGCUCCUGCCCUGCGUUCGUACGUCACUGCGAGCAAAAGGACGGCGUGGCUCUCCUGCCAUGCUGAAUGCC